GUCGCACUAUUUUUAGUUUUUCACUAAAAAAUGAAAUUAAUUUGAGUGCGAACUAUUACAAAGAGAAAUGAAAAUUCAGAGUUUUCAUUUUUGAUUGUUUAAAAAAAUUUGUGAAUUUAUUUAGAUUGCACCAUUUGUAACAUCAUUUGUCACAUCGAACACACAAUCACCAUUAUUUAGAUUGCUUUGCAAUCAAAAGAGUUAACCCAUGUCCGGAAUCUUUGGGAGUUCUUCACAAUAAAUGGUACCGAUAGUUUUUUUCAUAGAUUUCUUAUUGUUCAAUAAACAAGAAAUCUGCUGGGGGAGCUUUACCGUCAAGUGAACUCAAUUGGCGGAGUGUCGUUGUACCGACACACCAGUAUAUAAUCCGAUUGCUCAAUUCAUGUCUGUUCAAUUCAUGUAUUUUGCAAAUCUUAGGCCAUCUCCAUCCUGAUGAACAGUAUUCCCAAGCUGGAACCACGCCCUUGUUCAUUUGCUCAGGGCACCUUCCAUGAUGUACAGGGGAGGUCCCUGCCUUGUCGAACAGCGUCUAGAUUUCAGGACGAAGCCUCACGCGAAGAGUGCGCAUAACAGCACAGAACUUGAAGAAGAAGACAGCACGGCUUCUGAAAGCUCAGUGAAGACGUCCAGAGGUAAAUUUAAUGGAGAGGCUGUUGACAGUGUUCCGGGGCGUUGCAACAGCCAGGUCGCAGAAACCAGUGGAUUCAUCGACGACAUCAUGAAACUCAUCUUAGCAAAGCUUGAAUGCAAGGCAUUGUUCCAAGCGAGGGCACAAUCCAAGAAGUUUAAAGCUCUCAUAGACAGUGAUGAUUUCCAUCGUUUAAGAGGAGAACUCCGCCCACAAGAGGCCGAACUAACGGCGCUUCACUUCUCGGUGAGGGAUGACGUGUGGCAAUGCCAUGGGCAUGAUCUAAUUACAAAUACGUGGUCGAAGCUGCCGCCAUUCAAAAUGCUGCCCCCACUGGACGUGGAUUUGUUCAAAGCACACUCGAUAUGCGGUGCCGCAGGAGUAAUGUGUGCGAAUGUCGGCACGGAUUCCGACAAGUUGAUCUUGUUCAAUCCUCUAACUGGGGGGCAUCGUGAGCUGUGUCGAUUGAACCAUCCACGCAUCCCCGUGCUUAUGCACAUGAUUGUCAACUCUGAAGACAAUUCAUACAAGAUCAUCGUUGCCGGAAGCUCUCGGUUAAGCGAUGACAAGGUGUCGAGAAUCACUGAGGUUCUAGACUCACGCACUUCAAAAUGGAAGGUCACGGGGGACAUUCCAGGACCAGUUUUCGCCUUAAAUGACUACCAAACCGGUGUUUACAGGGGCGGACUCCUUUACUGCAUCGCAUUCCUGCCCGCUGGAGGUAAAGGGGUCAUCGUAUACGAUGUAGAGAAGGAGAAGUGGGUCCCAGAUCGAAAUUACGCUCUCCCCUACUCUCUGACCUCCAACACCGUGCAACUAGUGGAGAACAGCGGGAGGAUUUAUCUCUUCUCGGAACUAGAGCAUCUCGACAACGAACCAGACCCCCUUCAGGCGCACGACGUCGAGCAUCGGAUCGACGAGCUGCUGGUGAACGAAGACCACACGUGCACGAGCUCCGAGCGACGAUGGAGGCAAGUGAUAUCGACAAGGAAGAAGGGCAACAUGGGGCUUCAAACCCAUCCUGAGCAUACCUGCGUGCCGUUCGGGAAAGACAAGCUGUGCGUCUUCAACAGGAUCAAGCACAGCGGUAUCGUUUACGACGUCGAGUCCGGCGAGAAGUGCGAAUCGUCGCUGCCAUCGCCGUCUCGAUCGCGGUGCGGCACCUUGCCAUUCUACAGCUUGAACCCGCUCACCUUCGACUUCAAACCCAGCUUCAAGGGGGGCGUCUCAUUGCAGGCAUGUGUCCUCAUGUGAGAUCUGAUGGUGGAGCUCAGUUAUGGGAUAACUCAAAGCCCAUCUAAGCGUACACCAGUUGUAGCAGAUAAUGACGACAAAUUAGAUGGGCAUGCUUUUUACAGUGAUAAUUUGAAAACAUAAAGCAAAAGGAAGAACACAAUAACAAUGUUGAUAAGUACUAUAUUUGAAACAUUGUACCGAUAACUAUUGUAUGCAAUUCUUUUUUUGCGGCAGACUUUAUUUCAAUAAGAUGUAAAUACUCUUUCUUGUUGGCAUUGUUUAUUUA